UAUUCAAUUAAUUAUCAAUUUGAAAACCAAUUUGAAUAAGCUUCUUUUUAAUAUAUUUUGAAAUUUUUAUCAAAAAAAUCAUAAUAUGAGAAUGUUGCAAACCUCAGCUAAACCAUAUCGUCUAAUUGCUAGUCAACUAUUAAAAAAAAUACCAUUAAAUAUCUACAAUUUAAUAUUAAAACGUAAAGAACAUCAAAUACCCGAACAUUUGAAAAAAGUGGCACAAGAAACAAAUCCUAAUUUGGCCCAUAUGGUUCAGUAUUACUAUCAUGCAGCCGCACAGAAAAUGGAACCAUCUUUGAAUAAAGAAUUGGAACUUAAAUACCCAAAAAUGGAAGAUAGUAGACGUAUAGCACGUGUAGCAGCCAUUUUAAAGUUAAUGGGUAUUGUAACGACUUGUUUAGAAGUAUCGUUUCCUAUUAUAAAAAAAGAUGGAACGUAUGAAAUUAUAACUGGCUAUAGAGCUCAUCAUAUGAAACAUCGUUUACCGGUUAAAGGAGGUAUACGUUUUGGCAUGGAUGUGGAUGAAGACGAAGUAAAGGGUUUGGCAUAUUUAAUGACUUUUAAAUGUGCCUGUGUAAAUGUACCAUUUGGAGGAGCUAAAGGUGGCGUACGUAUCGAUCCUAAGAGAUAUACCUUAAGUGAAUUGCAAACUAUAACAAGACGUUACUGCAUGGAAUUGUUGAAAAAGAAUAUGAUAGGACCGGGUAUAGAUGUACCAGCUCCAGAUGUUAAUACCAGUGAAAGGGAAAUGAGCUGGAUAAGUGACCAAUAUUUGAAGACUUAUGGUCAUAAUGAUAUCAAUGCUUUGGCUAUUGUUACUGGUAAACCGGUUCAUAUUGGUGGUAUAAAUGGUCGUGCCUCGGCUACUGGUCGAGGGGUUUGGAAAGCUGGUGAUGUUUUUAUUAACGAUAAAGAUUGGAUGGAUUUGAUUAAACUUAAGACAGGCUGGAAGGAUAAAACUGUGAUUGUACAAGGUUUUGGUAAUGUGGGUUCUUGGGCGUCAAAAUAUGUGGUCGAAGCUGGGGCAAAACUUAUUGGUAUACAUGAGUAUGAUGUUUCAUUGUUUAGCCCAGAAGGAAUUGACCCAAAUGAUCUUAUUGAAUAUAGAGCCGAUAAGAAAACUCUUAAGGGUUAUCCCAAGGCUCAGGAGAGACAGGGUGGGCUUUUGCAUGAAAAAUGUGACAUUUUAAUGCCUUGUGCUACGCAAAAAGUUUUAACUGCCGAGAAUGCCGACAAGGUGCAAGCUAAAAUAAUUCUAGAAGGAGCCAAUGGUCCUGUAACACCGGCAGCAGAUGUUAUCCUUCGAAAAAAGAACAUACUAAUGAUACCCGAUAUGUAUUGUAAUGCUGGUGGUGUCACUGUAUCAUAUUUUGAAUUUCUUAAAAAUAUAAAUCACGUUUCUUAUGGUAAAUUAACAAUAAAACGCGAUAAUUCCAUGAUACAUGAAAUAUUCAAUUCCAUAAAUGAAUCAAUGGACGAUGGACAGCUAAAAAUAACACCCAAUGAAGCUUUACAAAAUAUACGCGAUUGUACUUCGGAAGCUCAAAUUGUUGACUAUGGCCUACAAACUGUAAUGGAAUCAUCAGGUCGUGGUAUUAAGGAAACUGCUCAUGAAUUUGCUUUGUGUAAUGAUUUGCGCACUGCCGCCUAUAUUUACUCAAUUCGGAAAAUUUUUCGAGCUUUGGAAAGUUCUGGUAUUUCACAGCAGUGAA